AUGGUUUCCUUGAAGCAGACAGUCUCGACAAGCCUAUUACUCGCCGAGUUGGCAUCUGGCUACUCAACCGGUUGGAGCCAAUACCUCCUUGGCCUUGACAACCUUCCAGGUUUUCGAACAUUCAGUCAUGGCACGUUAACGGCCCACCGGAAAUGCCCCCAGUUGAGACCACUUGAUCCUUCGGACGAUGGGCUGCUCAGCUCUGAUGAUAUUUUCUCGGGAAAAGAUGCGCUUGAAAAGCUGGUCGAGAACCACCGGCCUCUCGUCGAGAUAGACUCGAUCUGCUACGACGACCUCGGAGACUUUGACACAGACGAGAGAUGGAAGCCAUUCAACAACAUCAGCAAGGUGUUGGAAGACCACUACCCCAACCUCUACGAGAACGCCAAGGUGGAGCUGGUCAACACCUACGGCCUGGUGUACACGAUCCAGGGCUCCGACGAAAACCUCGCCCCGAUCCUUCUCACCGCCCACCAGGACGUAGUCCCUGUGGAGGAGGAGACGCUGGACCAGUGGGACUACCCGCCGUUCUCGGCCCACUACGACAGCGAGAGCGGGUACCUGUACGGCCGCGGCGCCUCGGACGACAAGUCGGGCAUCACGGCGCUCAUGUCGGCGAUGGAGGCCCUCCUCGAGCAGGAGGACUACGAGCCGCGCCGCACCGUCGUCUUGGCCUUCGGCUUCGACGAGGAGUGCGGCGGCGCGCGGGGCGCCGGCGAGAUCGCCAAGGUGCUCGGGGACCGGUACGGCGAGGGCGGCAUCGCCGUCAUCCUCGACGAGGGGGGCGCGGGCCUGCAGACCCUCGGCGACACGGUGUACGCGCUGCCGGCCGUCUACGAGAAGGGCUACCUGGACGUGUGGUUCGACCUCGACGUCGUGGGCGGGCACAGCUCGACGCCGACGCCGCACACCGCGAUCGGCAUGAUGUCCGAGGUCGUCGUCGCGCUCGAGGCCCACCCCUUCGAGCCCGAGAUCGCGAAAGGCGGGCCCGUGCACGAGGCCCUCGUCUGCCUCGCCGAGCACUCGCCCGACGCGUUCCCGGAGCUGACGCGGUACGUGCGCCGGGGCGACCUGAAGGGCGCGGCGGCCGCGCUGGCCGCCGUGUCGCGCGACACGCAGUACUUCAUCCAGACGUCGCAGGCCGCGACGGUCGUCGCGGGCGGGCAGAAGAUCAACGCGCUGCCCGAGUUCGUGACGCUGGGCGUGAACCACCGCUACGCGCCGCAGGACAGCGUCGGCAGCAUCCAGCACCGCAUCGCGCACCUGGUGGGCCGGGUGGCAGAGAAGUACGACCUCGAGGUCCGGGCGUUUGAGGGCGACGAGGACUACGACGAGUACCUCGCCGCGCACGGCCUUGCGCCUGUGGCGGCGGCGGCGGCGGCGGCAAAGAAAAAGAAGAAGGACGCGCAGCACGGUCUCUGGGAGCCGGUGUACAACGGCACUCUCAAUAUUGAGGUCCGGAGGAAGUCGUACGUCACGCCGCAGUCGCCUACCAAGGGGGCCGUCUGGGACGUCUUUGCGGGGACGGUGCGCCACUCUUUCGCAGACCUGGCGCGGCACGUGGUUGUUGCUCCGGGGGCCAUGACUGGCAACACUGACACCCGGCACUAUCUUGAUUUAUCCAAGAACAUCUACCGGUGGAGCCCUGGGAGUCUCAAGUCCUUCAGCAACAUCCACACGUUCAACGAGAGGCUUCUCAUGAGCGAGCAUGUCAACAUGGCCAAGUUUUAUUACGAUUUCAUUCGCAAUUUUGAUCAAGCAGACCUGUGA